CAGAGCUCACUCUGCGCAUGAGCAUGUCCCGACCCUCUUGCUGCCGUCCGACCUCUCUGGCCUAAAAGGAACAAGAUCUUCCCGUCUUUGAGUCCGUGCUGAAGCCAAGGCUGCCCUUUGGAGAGUCACCAGGGCAGAACCAAGCACAAUGAUAUUUACUUACACCGCUGAACCUUCACAGUUCUUUACAUUUUUCCAGAAGCAGUAGAAAAUGAACAUAGCUCAGGGAUCAGUGUCAUUCGAAGACGUGACUGUGGAGUUCACCCAGGAUGAAUGGCAGUAUGUAGGCCCUGCUCAGAGGACCCUGUACAAAGAUGUGACACUGGAGAACUACAGCCAUCUCGUCUCAUUGGUUGUUACAUUUGCAGGGUACUGCAUUAUCAAACCCCAGGUGAUCUUCAAGUUGGAGCACGGUGAAGAGCCCUGGUCCUCAGAGGAAGAAUUCCUAAACCAGAAGUACCCAGGAUAUUACAGAGUUGAUGUCCAUAUUGAGGAGAACCAGGAAAAACAAGAGAAACCUCUGUGGCAAGUAGUAUUCACUGAUAACAAAAUAUUGAGUAAAGAAGAGCAGAAAGCUUUAGAGAAACCAUUUAAUCUCAAUAUAACUCCAGAUUUUUCAGGAAAAGUGCCCUCUAAACGUGACUCAUGUAGAAUGAAUAUGCCGGUUGUUUCUGAAUUAAUUCUUAGUGAUAGGAAUUAUUCACGAAACAAGACUGACUACAUAAAUGUAUGUGAAAAGUUGCAGCUGGAUAUUCAGCUUGAGAAAACUCAUACUGGAGAGCAGUGUUACAAAUAUAAUGAAAAUAUGAAAGCUCUCAGUUAUGUGAAAGAUCAUCAUAAAUUUCAAACUCUGGAACAAUAUUUUGAAUGUAAUGAAAAUGGAAAAGUUUUACAUGAUAAGACCAUCUGUAUUACAGGUAAGAGUUCAGUAACAGGAGAGGAAUCCUGUAAGGAUAACGAAUUAAGGGGAAAUUGUGAUAAAGCAGCUCUUUUUAACCACAUGAGAACUGGCACGAGGAAGAAAUGCUUUGAUCUUAAUGAAUGUGGUAAAUCCUGUGAAUACAAUGAGGUUCACAUGGCUUUGGCACACUAUGAAUGUAAUGAAAGUGGGAAUAACUUCAGUAGGAAUUCACCCCUCACUCAGCCUCAGAGAACUGUUACAGGACAAGGUGCCUUUGAAAGCAGUAAGUGUGAAGAAAACUUGAGCCAGAGCUCAGGCCGUAUAGUACAUCAGAAGACACAAACUAGAGAUACAUUCUGUGUUUAUAAUGGAUUUACAAACACCUACUACCAGAAGUUAGACUUUACAAUACAUCAGAGAACUCACAAAGAAGAGAAAUUCUAUCAAUGUGAUAAAUAUGAGAAAUCCUCCCAUCAGAACUCAGCCCUCAGUGUACAUCAGCAGUGUGACACAGGAGACAAGUCAUUUGAACUUACUGAAUGCAGGAAAUCAUUUUACCAGAAAGCACACCUCAUUCAGCAUCAGAGGACCCACCCAGGGGAGAAACCUUAUGAAUGUGAGGAAUGUGGGAAAUCCUUUUGUUCAAAUUCACAUCCUGUUCAUUAUCCUGGAACUCAUAUGGGAGUCAAUCUGUAUGAAUGUAAUGAAUGUGGGAAAACUUUCGCUGAUAAUUCAACCCUCAGGGCACAUCAGAGAAUUCACACAGAGGAGAAACCCUUCAAAUGUAAUGACUGUGAGAGCUCUUUUGCCCAUAAUUCAGACCUCAGAGCACAUCAGAGAAUUCACACAGGUGAGAAACCAUAUGAGUGUAAUGACUGUGAGAAAACUUUUGCCCAUAAUUCCACCCUCAGAGCACAUCAGAAAAUUCACACUGGGGUGAAACUCUACAAAUGUAAUGAAUGUGGGAAAACUUUUUCCCAGAAGACACGUCUUAGUACACAUCAGAGGAUUCACACAGGUGAGAAACCCUAUGGAUGUAGUGAAUGUGGGAAAACCUUCUCCCAGAAAUCAUACCUCAGUGGACAUGAGAGAAUUCACAAAGGGGAAAAACCUUAUGAAUGUAAUGAAUGUGGGAAAACUUUUGUCUAUAAGGCAGCCCUCAUUGUCCAUCAAAGAAUUCACACAGGAGAAAAACCCUAUGAAUGUAAUGAAUGUGGGAAAACUUUCUCCCAGAGGACACACCUCUAUGCACAUCAGAGAACUCACACAGGGGAGAAACCUUAUGAAUGUAAGGAAUGUGGGAAAACUUUUGCAGAUAAUUCAGCCCUCAGGGCACAUCAGAGAACUCACAAAGGGGAGAAACCUUAUGAAUGCAGUGAAUGUGGGAAAACUUUCUCUAAGACAUCACACCUCAGAGCACAUCUGAGGACUCGCACAGGGGAGAAACCCUAUGAAUGUAAUGAAUGUGGGAAAACUUUCUCCCAGAAAUCGUAUGUUAGUGCACAUCAGAGAAUUCACACAGGGGAGAAACCUUACGAAUGUAACAUAUGUGGGAAACCUUUUGCCCAUAAUUCAACCCUCAGAGUACAUCAGAGAAUUCACACAGGUGUAAAAUCCUAUAAAUGUAAUGAAUGUGGGAAAACUUUCUCCCAGAAGUCACACCUUAGUGCACAUCAGAGAAUUCACACAGGAGAGAAACCCUAUGAGUGUAAUGAAUGUGGGAAAGCUUUUGCCCAAAAUUCAACUCUUGGAGUACACCUGAGAAUUCACACAGGUGAGAGACCCUACAAAUGUUAUGAAUGUGGAAAAACCUUUGUCCGUAAGGCAGCUUUUAGAGUACAUCACACCAGAAUGCACACUAGAGAGAAACCCCUUGCAUGUAAUCAAUUUGAGAUGUGCUAAAGGAAGUUACACCUUAUUAGAUAACACACAGUAGAAAAGUUCAUGUCACAUAGACUGGCAAAUUAUUUUCCUUAACUGUUUCCUUUUCCACUGGGCACAUAGCUUGUCUUAGUUUCCCAAUCUUUUCUUCGUCUGGGUGGGGCUGGUCAUGGAGUAUGAUGCUAUUACAUUUAAGUAAUAAAUGGCCUUAAUAAGUCACCUUACAUUCUUCCUGUCCUGUGUUAUACUGGAAUUCAGAGAUUUCCAUGGCAGACUUGGGUGCUGUGUAUUAAAUAUGGCAGAGCACAAGGUGAAAGAAGCUAGAGUCAAUAACUGAGUGAAACAAUUCUCCACUGACAGAUCUUCAGCAAUUGUUUUUUGGGGUUUUUGUUGUUGUUGUUUUAAUCCAGAAUUAAGUUUUUAUUCUGUUGAGCUCUUACAGAUUUUGGCCUGUUGGUUAAAUGCAUAUAGCUUAGCCAACUGCUGAGUUGGAUGAAACCAAUAAAUAUAAUAAAUGUCAGAAGACCUUUAAGAAUUUAACCUAUAGGUUUGUAUCAGAGAUUUUUCAUGGAGAAGAAAACUUCUGUCAAUAUCCUGAAUGAUCAGAAGGCUUCAAUGAAAUCAGAAAUCUCAGGGAAAAACACAAAAGUCUUUUCUGCGGAGUAAACUUCUUUAAACAUCAAAUAGUUAAGAUUAGGCUAAAAUCUUAUAUUUUGAUAAAUGACAUUUUUUAACAAUUACUGAGUUUGCUUCAGAUAAAUUUUUUCUGAGGGAAUGUAUGGGUUGCAGAAUUGAAAAUAAAAUUCUCAGCUAGAAAUUAUGUACCAAAACUUGUGUUUUAUAUGUAAUAUCAAGUUUUAUAGAAACUAUGUAAGAAUAUAUUUAACCUGUACACAAACUCAUUAUGGAAUGUGAAGUUUUUGAGAUGGAGGGAUAACUUGAAUUCUGUGGACAACACCAAUAAA